AUUGUCUUUCCGUUCAUGUUGUUUCCCUGCAAUGCGAGUGGAAGGAGGUGAGAUAUUUCAUCUUCUUCUGCAUCGACGACGCCUAGACGGCAGCAAAGAAAAGCAGGCGGCAAAAAGACAACACGGGACAUUUUCCUUCUUUUCCUUCCUCUCCGAACUUGUGUGUCCUUCUUGGACGAUGCGCGGCCUCUGAUCGAGGCGACGAGAAGAGUUCGCAGGACGAACUGAAAUAGCCCGAAGCUUCUUCUUCUUCUUCUUCCUCCUCCUCCUCCGUCCAACCUUCCAGCAUGUCCUCGCAGGCCAGAGCGAAGAAGGACAAAGAAAUCAUCGCCGAAUAUGAAAGCCAAGUGAAAGAGAUCCGUAACCAGCUGGUGGAGCAAUUCCGUUGUUUGGAGCAGCAGUCGGAGUCUCGCCAGCAGCUGCUGCAGGACCUGCAGGACUUCUUCCGUCGGAAGGCCGAGCUCCAGCUGGAGUUCUCCAGAGGCCUGGACAAACUGGCGGAGCGCUACUCGGCCAAGAUCCGCAGUUCCAGAGAGCAUCAGCAUUUCAAGAAGGAUCAAAAUCUCCUGUCCACCAUAAACUGCUGGUAUUUGGUGCUGGACCAGACCAGGCGGGAGAGCAGAGACCACGCCACACUCAGCGACAUCUACAACAACAACGUCAUUGUGCGUCUGGCGCACGUGGGCGAGGAUGUCCUCAGACUUUUCAAAAAGAGCAAAGACAUUGGGGUGCAGAUGCACGAGGAACUGGUCAAGGUCACCAAUGAACUUUACACGGUGAUGAAGACAUACCACAUGUACCACACAGAGAGCAUCAGUGCCGAGAGCAAGCUGAAGGAGGCGGAGAAGCAGGAGGAGAAGCACAUGGGAAAGGCUAGCGACAUUAGCACUGCCUUGCUUCGUCACGGUCAUGACGAGCGCCCACAGCGACGCAGCUCUGUGAAGAAGAUGGAGAAGAUGAAAGAAAAGAGACAAGCCAAGUAUUUUGAAAACAAACUCAAGUGCACGAAGGCUCGUAAUGACUAUCUUCUCAACCUGGCUGCCACUAAUUCCUUGGUGGCUAAAUACUACAUCCAUGAUGUCUCCGAUAUGAUAGAUCAGUGUUGUGAUUUAGGUUUCCAUGCCAGCUUGACGCGCACUUUGAGGACCUACCUGUCUGCCGAGUACAGCCUGGAGACGUCUCGCCACGAGGGCUUGGAUGUUCUGGAAGGAGCUGUAGACGCCAUGGACAACCGAGGAGACAAGUUGAAGUUCAUGGACGCACACUCUCAGAUGUUCUGUCCUCCCACACGCUUUGACUAUCAGCCGCACAUGGGGGACGAGGUGUGUCAGGUGAGUGCUCAGCAGCCCGUCCAGACAGAGUUGUUGAUGCGCUACCAGCAGCUUCAGACUCGUUUGGCCACGCUCAAGAUAGAAAACGAAGAGGUGAGGAAGACUCUGGACGCCACCAUGCAGACCCUUCAGGACAUGCUGACGGUGGAGGACUUUGACGUCUCCGAGGCCUUCCAGCACAGCCAGUCCACAGAGUCGGUCAAAUCGGCGUCUUCUGACUCCUACAUGAGCAAAGCCAACAUCGCAAGGAGACGAGCCAAUCAGCAGGAGACUGAGGGCUUCUACUUUACUAAAUACAAAGAAUAUUUGAAUGGCAGCAACUUGAUUGUCAAACUUGAAGCCAAGCACGACGUUCUGAAGCAGACGCUGGGAGAAGGGGAGAGGGCAGAAUAUGGAACAAUGAGGCCCCCCCGCCUCCCCCCUAAACCCAAGAGAAUGCGGAAGAUUAGACCUCGCUCCGUUUUUAGGCGUAAGCUGUUUAACGGCAAUAUGGAGGCCUUCAUCCAGGAUUCAGGGCAGCACAUACCAGUGGUGGUUGAAAGCUGCGUCCGAUACAUCAAUCUCUAUGGUCUUCAACAACAAGGCAUAUUCCGAGUUCCAGGAUCCCAAGUGGAAGUCAACGAUAUUAAAAAUGCAUUUGAAAGAGGAGAAGAUCCACUGGUGGAUGAUCAGUCCGAUCAUGACAUCAACUCUGUGGCGGGCGUUCUGAAACUUUACUUCAGGGGUUUGGAGAAGCCGCUAUUCCCAGCAGAACAUUUCCUUGACCUCAUAUCUACAACAAAGCUGGACUUUGGUUCAGAUCGAGCUCACCACCUUCAGCGGAUUCUUUCCACUCUCGAGCAGCCUGUGGUCAUCGUCCUGAGAUACUUGUUUGCCUUUCUGAACCAUCUCUCCCAGUACAGCGAUGAAAACAUGAUGGACCCAUACAACCUGGCGAUCUGCUUCGGUCCCACACUGAUGCCUAUACCAGAGGACCAGGAUCCUGUGGCCUGCCAGGCGCACGUGAACGAGGUCAUUAAGACCAUCAUCAUCCACCAUGAGAACAUCUUCCCAAGCCAGCGGGAGGUGGAAGGUCCUGUGUAUGAGAAAUGCAUGGCUGGAGGACAGGACUACUGUGAGAGCCCCCACAGUGACGCCGGAGCUCUUGAUGAGGUGGACAACGGCACCGGACCCAACACCAGCGAUGACGAGUUGGAGCAGAUCGAGGCCAUCGCCAAGUUUGACUACGUCGGUCGAAGUCCCAGGGAACUUUCCUUCAAGAAGGGAGCGUCGCUCUUACUGUACCUGCGGGCGUCUGACGACUGGUGGGAGGGGCGCCAUAACGGCGUGGACGGUCUGAUCCCUCAUCAGUACAUUGUGGUGCAGGACAUGGACGACGCCUUCUCAGACAGCAUCCCGAGCAGUGAGGCCAGCAGCGGUUACCAUGACGAGCGCUCCUCGUCCAGACACGAGCAACAGUCUUUGCCAGAACAUUCUCUGGAACAACGCUUCGGGGCCGCUUUGGGAAGGCUGCGAGUGCGUUCUGAAGGCGCUCCGCUCCAGCGCCACAGAAACGGCGAAGAUCAGAGCCCCACCAGACACGCCGACCUGCCCCCAAAGGUGGCGCCACGGCCCUGCAGCCCUCACAAAAUGGCGGUGAGCAGAAGCCUGACAGACAGCCCGGAGAAACGGCGUCUCACCACUUUUCAGCGGUCGUCUCCCGCCACGCCUCGACACGCCAGCGUUGGACACCACAAGACUUUCGAGGCUGAAGCGCUCGCUGACGACAUCGAGAAAACCAUGAACACUGCACUUGAUGAGCUGCGUGAGCUGGAGAGACAGAACGUUGCCAAACACGCUCCAGAUGUGGUCCUGGACACGCUGGAGCCUCUAAAACACUCUGUUGGUUCUGGUCCUGGUCAGGAGGUACCAGGUAGUCCCCUUCACACCAUGGCCAUCAGAGAUCCCGACGCAGCCCAAAGGAGGAGCAGCAGCAGCUCCUCCUCUGAAACCAUGACAACCUUCAAACCUGCCCUAGCGGCACGAAGGCCCAACGCGCCCGUCAGGCCGCCGCCCGUCAGACCAGUGAGGCCGGCUCCCGUACUCACACAGGGUCAGAACCCGCACCGAUCCAGUAGCUCCAGUUCUUCAGGUCUGGGAAGUCCGGGCAUGACUCCCACUGACAGGGUGUUCCCCAAAGCGCCGUCCCCAUCCCCGUCCAACUCCUCGUCCUCUUCAGACAAACAAGCUAACUUGUAGAAGGCUUGUAAUUUCUCAUACAGUACAGUCACUAUACACCUACUUAUUAGCAUAAAGCCUAAAUGUUGCCAUCAAUCUGACACUCAGUAGAUCAUUGUUACUUGAAAUAUUUCAAGAUCGUGGAAUGACUUUGCCAUGAUUAUAACCAGAAUAAAGGAACUAAAUAAACAACUUAAACAUAUCAUAAGAAGACGAUGUAAUAAUAGCACCAAUUUGUAUCAUUUUUACUACUGAUUGUUAGUACAAAGUAGUAAAGUCAAUAACAACUUACUCAAAUCCUUCCAUCAUCUUAUUUCCCAUAAUUUAAAAAAUACACUUAAACAAGUUACAACAUAUUUCAAAACAUAGAAACACAGAAAAAAAUACUGACACCAUCCUGGAUAUCAAUAUAUCGAUAUUUGGAUCAUUAGCAUAGUUGCUGAAUCUUUAGGAGUUACACAACUUUUUGCACUACAAAGUACUGCAUUACUUUUAGGGUACAAAUACACCAUCGGCUGGUACUUUUCAACGUGUCGUCGUGUUGAACUCUUUUAUCGGAAUUCAAGUAUGUGAGGCUAAAAUUGGCAGCUUGGCGCAGGAGGAGGGUGGGGCUUAACGGAAAGGGGCAGGGCCUGGAAUUAAAUCCAUACGCUGUGGGGGGGAUUUGAACUGUGUCGUGGCAGUAGAAGUAAACACAACUUGGAUGGCAAAUGUAAAAAAAAAAAAAAGACAAUAAAAAGACUUUUAUAUGUCUCGAUUUACUUGACUGCUUCUGGUCCUCAUGUUGUGGGCUUCGCUGAAAUAGACGCAGGGUGUCAAACUCAUUUUAGCCCAAGUGGGCCGGAAUGGUAAAAUCACGGCAUGAUAACUUAAUAAUAAAGACAACUCCAGGUUGUUUUCUUUGUUGUAUUUUGGCCAAAAAUAAAACAAGCACAUUAUGAAAAUGUACAAAUCACAAAUAAACCUCUGGACAAAACACUUCAAGUUUGUCGAAAAGUCUGAGGAAAUUGGUGCAGCUUCAAAAAACACAAAAUGCUUAGACUUGGUCUCAGUGUAUCAACAAAGCCAGGAUUAAAUUUUAAGUCACAGUCUUUCUGGGAUUGAACAAAAACACAACAUCUUCUAGGUAUCAAAUACCUCCUUUGUCAUGUCCACAUAUCAAUCCAGUGCUAACUCAACAAUCCGUAAGAAACGGAGGUAAAAACUAUUCAAAAUGGGUAAGUAAGGGUGCUAAAUGACGAUGUGUUCGAAGCAAAAGACGUAAAACGGCAGGUUUUAAGUUUCAUGUGGGUCGAGGAGGAGGAGCCACAGUCACCCUUUAUUGUGUACCUGUUGCUUGGCCUUGGUAUAAACCGUUUGCUUGUCUAACAGAAUUACUAUUGUGACAUCCAGUGGACACAUUUAGAACAGCAGUUUCUUUCAUUGAAAAAAAAAAAACAGCUCAUUUUUAUACUUGGCAAACUCAUCAUCUUUUCGGCCGUACGUUUGACACCCCUGCCCUAAAUAAUACCCGAAUAAGGAGGAUUAUUUCCCCUUCAGCUGUAGCCACAUGUUUACCUUGUGGUACGGUACGGUGCGGCAUGCCGUACGUUGAUUUGGUUCUUGUUUACACAGCGGGCUUGACACUAAACAAGUCAAUUUAACUCGGAAGAAAACAAAAAACGUCAAACUUUUGUUGUACGCCGUAUCGCCUCGUGGUGGCAAAUAUUGUUUGUGGUUCUUAAAUGAGACCAAGAAAUACUUUAAUUGCACAACUCAAAAUGUUGCUGAGUAAUUCUAGUACAAGCAGCAUAUUAAUAUCCUAUUAAACCUCAUAGUACAUUUACGAUACUACUUCUCCCAAAUGAAGUUACAAUACGCUCUGACGUCGUGAUUUGUUUUCAAUAUUCAAAUUCAAACUAACGACUAAAGCACAAAGUAGCUAAAAAGUGUGUUUAGCCAUCUGAGCUAACAGAUGUUAGCAUUUUUAUAAAGGCUUCAAUAAACACACCAUUCCACAUAACUUGGACCUAGGAAUGAAUGCAGUUAUCAUAUACUAUGUACUGUUUAUUUACCAUGUACUAUGCUAUGAACUGUAUAUGUACUAUGUACUAUACUUUGAAGUACUGCACUUGAAAGCACUAGCGUGUCAUUUGUACUAGAAACGUGAUGAUAGCUUCAACCAUGUGGUGUCAUGAUCAUAAACACACUAGAAAUAUUUCCCUUGGAUUGAAUGCUGAACUCUGACUUGCGUAAAUAAUAAAUAACAAUGUAUGAUAGACACAGGAUAUAUUAUCAUCUCUAGUCUGUAGAAUUUUGUAACUCCUACCCUCGCACAUGCAGUCAUUAAAGACUACGUUGAAGACAAAUAGUCUUUGUCUUUUGUCUUCAAUUUUUGUAUUAUUAUUCACUAAAUUACUAAUUUUGCACCAUUUUUGGCAUCACAAACAGGACAUAGAAAAGUGUUUUUAAUGUACUGUAUUAUUAUUUUUAUUUUUUUUGCAGUUUUCCCAUCUUGCCCAGCAGAUGGAGACAUUGUCCAACUCAGACUCGUGUAUAAAGUUAAAAAAAAAAAGACUUUAUUCAGGACUCUGACUAAAAUACUGUAACCAACUAAGUACUUUCUUA